CGCCCGCCCGAAUUCGGCGGGAAGGAGCGGGUCGCGCUCCCGCCAUGAGCGGGACGGUGAUUCCCGGAACGCCCAUCGCCGUGGACUUCUGGAGCGUGCGCAGGGCCGGCGGCGCCCGCCUGUUCUUCCUGUCGCACAUGCACUCGGACCACACUGUGGGGCUCUCUAGUACCUGGAACCGGCCGCUGUACUGCUCGCCGCUUACCGCCCGCCUCCUGCACCGCCGCCUACAGGUGCCGACGUGCUGGAUCCGUCCCCUGGAGGUGGGUCAAAGCCACAUCCUGGGCGAGGAGGUGACAGUGACAUUGCUUGACUCCAAUCACUGCCCCGGCUCUGUCAUGUUCCUCUUCGAGGGCACCUUCGGCACCAUUCUCUACACAGGGGACUUCCGCUACACAAGUACCAUGCAAGGCGAGCCGGUGCUGCGGGGCCGCCACAUUGACCGCCUGUACCUGGACAACACCCACUGCCACCCGCAGCGGCCCCUGCCCUCGCGGCAGCACGCCACGCACCAGGCUGCACACAUCAUCCGCACGCACCCACGGCACCAAGUCGUUAUUGGUGUGUACAGCCUGGGCAAGGAGAUGCUGCUGGUGGACCUGGCAGUGGAGUUCAGCACCUGGGUGGUGGUGAGCCCCUGGCGCCUGGAGCAGAUGCGGCUGCUGGAGCUGCCUGAUGUGUUCACCACUGAAGAGGGGGCCGGCUGGAUCCGUGCUGUGGAUGUCGCUGAGAUCCGUUGGGAUACCCUUGUCAGCUGGAACAUGCUGCACCCUACCAUUGCCAUCCUCCCUACCGGCAGGCCCGUGAAGGUCACCCAUCCCAACAUCCACCCCAUUCCGUACUCAGAUCACUCAUCCUUUUCGGAGCUGUGCGAGUUUGUGAAGUGGCUGAAACCUUGCUCGGUCAUUCCAAUUGUGAAGGGCGGCAUGUGCCAGGCUUACUUUCAAGAAUACCUCAGUUCUGCCCCCCCAGCACUUCCUGACCUCAGAGUCCUAAAACCUGUGCAAGAGUCCGUACAGCAGCAAAGUAAAAGGAAUAGACAGGGACCCAAGUGUCUCUUGAAAAGAGCUGUGUGGCAUUCUACGCCCAGAGGAGUUGUUUAUGAGUCCCCAGAGAAAUAUCCUGAGAAAUCUGAAGAAUUCAGAGGUGUCGAGGUUCCUCAGCAGAUCUACUGUGAGUCAGCUUUCUGCUUGACAGAAGGUUGCAGUUGUCACAUGGGCAAGGAGAAAGGGAAAGAAGAGCUGAGUGGAGAACAACCAGGAGUAGCAAGAGCAGCUAGCACUGUUAGCCAGGCGCCUGUUUCUGAUGAGCACUUUCCAACUGGAUUUGCAGAGCAGUAUUUACUCACUCCCCUGAAUGUCCUAAAGCAGAAUUCCUCACAGAAAUUUGACAAGCUGGUAGAAGACUUCUUUAGGAGCCAGCUGCAGCUGGACAUAGUUCUGCUCUCCUGAAAGCACCAUCUUAAUGGUAACUGUCAGGUUAAUGGCUGGGAAAAAUAGAAAUUUUCUGGGUUCUUGAGUUCUGGACUUUCUGGAAUGGGUCACUAUAUCCUCUGCAGUCUCUGCACUCAUCUGAAUUCUGCUUGACUGCGAAGAUCUGUUAACUCCUAGAGUUCCGUUAGGGCCACUGCCUUCCCAUCCGCUGCCUCCUCUUACACGCAGUGACAAGUGGGAAGGAAGAUAAUGAAACAUCUGCUUAGUGAUGUAAAGUGCUCAGCCUUAGCAGCAUUGUUUGGAAAAAAUACUGCGGCUGAACAGCAAAAAUGGCUGUGUUAGAGGUCAAGUGCUUUCCUGCUCCAGAUCAGCUGCAGAGAGCCACAGCCCAACACAGUCAGAAGCGUCAGCAGCGUGACCAGCCAGCGGGUACCGCUGUGGAGCCUGAAACACUGUAGUUGUCUGUGCCAAACUGCACUAGCAAUAUUACAAAUUGGCUCCCUGUGUGGCCAAGGCAGCAACACUGGAGCAGAAACGAUCACUAAGCACUUUUCUGGAGCAACAAAACAGCUUGUUAUUCAGCUUUUUCUAGCCUCCAUUUUGUUACUUUAAACACAAAACAUUUCAUGUGAUCUUGAUCAGGAUCAGUCUGUUCUGAACACAGUAUCCUGUGAGGCCUUUCUAAAAGCAGUCAGCUAGGUGGGUUGAAUUGCCUGAAUCAAAACAGAAAAGCAAGUGUUUGCUCUUCGAGUUAAAGCCAGAGCUUCUGAAAAGCAAAGAUGCAGCAGUCACACAUAUUAAAAACAAGGCUGCCCUGAACAGUAAUCAUGAGGACAGCCAGUGUGGGUAUAUUUGGAAAGCUGUUUGGCAAACAUGCUUCCUAACUCCCAGCCCUGUGCCUUCCCAGGCACUGCAACAUGCAUCACUGUAAAAGCAGCAGUGCCUCUGCUGGUGCUGCCAGCCCGCUGCUGAGGGGACAUCGAAGGUGGCUGAGCAGUGUUCUGUGAAACACACUUCAAAAGGGGUAGCAAGGGCAGCUCAAGCCUCUUGCUGUGGUCUGUAAGGUCCUGUUUCUCAGAGGUUUCUGUAUGGAUUAUUUGUUAACCAAAACUCAACUGCAGAGCUCCAUCACGUCAGUGUGAGUGGAGACACGCACAUCUUUUGUAACAUCUGAGACUGCCAGGGAAAUAGUUGUGCUAUGCUGGUAGUGUUUUGUCUGCUGCUGGCUGCCUUGGAGGUGCAGGCUGUUAUUUAAAUAUUGUUAAAAAUUAAGUGACUCAUUUGACAGGCAGGUGAGUGAAGCAGUGCCUGAACUCCCAGAUUCCAUGUCCUGCUCUCCAGUGCAGCCUCUCCACUGCUCAGAAGGAAUGUUUGCCUUCUGAGUCACUGCUCCAUUUAGGUAUGUUGCAAAUGACCUCUCAGAUCUGAUGCAUUUUACUGCUGGUGUUUUGUGGCAUCCAGUCUUUCCUCUUUGAUUCUUAUCAACUGUUCUUAUCAAACAUUUAUUCAAGUAAAUGAAGUAGAGCAUCUCCUGGUGAACCUCUGGGCAAAUGGAGUGGUAAAUGGUGAUUCUUUACAGAGUUAACUCUGAUCUUUAGAUCACACAAAAGGAAGAGAAAACUGCAGACUUCAGAAGCGGGGGAUGUGCACCCCAUUUCUGAACACUCAGUUAAAACUGUAAAAGAAAUGCUGGCUUCUGUUACUAGAGCUUAAAAGGUAAUUCCUGCCACUUCAGAAAGAAAUUAUUCAAAUCGUAUAGCACCAAGGAAACCUAAAUCUCUCCAUGGUUUUAAAAGGCAAUAGAAGCAGGAGAGACUUCACCAACAGCGUGUUGAUCUUUGCCUUAGCACAGCAGGUGCAUGGGGCAUUUUAAAAGUGUCACACAUUUCCUCCUUCUUUUGGGUGUUAAAAUACUUUUGUGUGUUAUCCUAAAAUCCUAGGGCCUUGGGGGGAUAAGUGGCAUUGCUGAGCUCUAAGGCAUCUGAGAGUCCUUUGGCUUCCCUGGCAGUAAAUAGCCGGCCUCUUACAGGCCUUAUUCUGCUCACGCUUGCCUCCAGUUUCCCUUUGUUCCUACCACCAGCCUAGCUCGCAGGGGAGUGUAGUGCAGCUGGGAACUGGAGUAUCAUGUACACCAAGGUGUGAACAUGCUGUUUCCAGCUGCACAGGGCUCUGUCAACACUGCUGCCACAGGUGUGUUUUGCUCACAACACUGACAAUGAGAAGCUGUAGCCAAAUAUUAGCUUGACUGUGGGGUAUCAAAGGGCCACAUGCUUGGAAACUUACAGUUAUCCUGGCAGGAGAAAGAAAAAUACGGUGCUCAGACCAAAGCCCUCCCAAAUCUUAUACACGCAGAGCGUGCUGGAGCGGCUUAUCUCUGUUCCACAGUUGGGAACCAAGCCCCAGUGGGACGAAACAACUCACCCAGGGCCUUACAGAACAUCCAGAGGAGCUAGGGAUGAGCUGAGUUCCUUUUGGCAAGUUUUCAGCACUGUUUUAACAAGCCGUGAUCAAAUUCUGAAGUGUCAUGAGGGCAGGGCAGGCUCAUGGCUCUGGGAGCAGGGCUGUCUGCUGACCUCCUUACACAGCUGCCUAUGAAAGUCCAGUCACUAUACUAUGGAACAGUUCAGUUAGCUCUAGCUUCUCUAAAACAGAGUAGAAAACCAUGAAGGGUGUUCCAUCCUUCUUCAGCCUUAGAGUUCACUCUAAGCCUGAAGAAAAGGCAGCCAGAGAAAUGCAGUCCCCCGUGUGGGACUAAAAUCUUCCUUUAGCAGAUAGUAACAGAGGGGUAAGCUUCUGAAUGGUGCUUUGCUGGAGGAAGAAAGUGGAACGUUAUUUCUUGAAUCUUAAAUGCACACACACACAUUUCUUAUAGGGUUUUACACAGAAGAGCAAUACUGGCCUAUUCACACUUCGCUGCUGGAAGCUGCUUGUCUCACUAUUCAUUGCAGUGUUGUUUGGCACCCCGAGUCAUGGCUGCAGUUAGAGCUGCCCAGCAUUCUCUCAUGGAGAAAAGUUGCACUUGAGUUUCUGCAAAGCAGAAAAUCUUAAUACUUCCUCCCUGAACUUUCUCCCUCUCUAGGGGAUCUGAUAUUGUAGAGGGGCCCCAGGACCAUGGGUGCUUUCGUGGGGCUCAAACUGCUUUCAGGAGUCUCAGGGGGACCAAUUUCCUUCUUCGUUUGGAAAGAUCAGUAGAAUAGUAAAUACUUCUGUUCUUAGAUUUUUAUGUGUAGCAGAUGUUACUUGAUAGUUGUAAAGAUGAAUGUGGGACCAUCUCUGAUCAAUGUGCUUUCUGCUUAGUACCAGAACACAGCACUUCUUGUCCAAGGACUGAGAUCCAUCACAUUGUCAGGGAAGUUACUCUAUUAAAUGUCUUGUGACACAUCUUUCACCUCUGCCUCUUCAUUCCCACCUCUGCCUACAACAAUCUAACCAUAGCAAACAGUAGAUUGUGAGAUCAGAGUAUUUAGAUUUUUAUUUUUCUGAUCGCAUGUUCUUUUUUUCUUUUCUGCUGAUCAUCUGGACACUAACAACUGCCCUUGACUCUCUGCUCGUAAAAGGUGUGAGUUCAUGCUUGUUGUGCUGUUGUUGUUGUAAGGGUGAAUAGGAGGCUGUGAAAGCUGCUGAGAUUUUGGUGUAUUUAUAAUAAACAUUAUUUUAAAAUA